AUGUCAAAUCGCCAACAGAUUGAUUCCGUCAUCGACGAUGACGACGAGUUCUGCCCCCUCUGCAUCGAAGAAUUCGAUCUAUCCGACAAGAACUUUAAGCCUUGCCCCUGUGGGUACCAGAUUUGUCAAUUCUGCUACAACAAUAUCAAAACCCAUAGUGAGGAAGGCCGGUGCCCCAACUGUAGACGGGUCUAUGAUGAGAGCACCAUCCAAUACAAGGUUCCUGAUGCCGACGAGUUCAAAGCGGACCUGGCAUUAAAACAUCGGAAGGCCGCCGCCGCCAAGAAGAAGGAGGCCGAAAGACGCGAAAUUGAGGCUUCUAGUCGGAAGAACCUCGCCGGUGUUAGGGUCGUACAGAAGAACCUUGUCUACGUGAUCGGCCUCAACCCCACAAUACGUGACGAGAACCAGCUCCUGAUGACUUUGCGCGGUCGAGACUACUUCGGUCAGUAUGGAGACAUUGAGAAGAUUGUCGUGAGCAAGGCCAAGCCUGGUGGCAACCCGAACCAGGGCAUCGGCGUCUACGUCACGUACGCCAGGAAGGCCGACGCAGCAACGUGCAUAACCGCGGUUGAUGGGUCGGCCAACGGGGACCGAGUGCUACGUGCACAAUACGGUACGACGAAAUACUGUUCUUCCUUCCUCCGCAACGAACAAUGUCAUAAUCGGAAUUGUACCUUCCUGCACGAAACGGGCGAGGAUAGCGACAGCUACAGCCGACAGGAUCUUUCGUCAAUGAACACCUUGUCGAGUCAACGCAUCAACGGUCCUCCCAGCGGUCCUACCCACUCGGUUCCCCCGCACGUCGCUCGGUCAUCUGCUCAACCGCUCUCGUCACCGAUGCGCCGUCAACCUAGUAGGGAUGAUGCUGCUGGCAGCCGACCACCUGACGGAUCCGCCCUUCCAUCGUCGGCAAGCUGGGCGAAUAAGGACGCUGUGCUCAGCCGGACAAGACGCGCAAGCUUGACUGGCAGCCAAGCAUCGCAAAGCCCCCGGCCUGCCAUGGCGACGGUUGCGCCAACUAUAGACGAAGCGAAGCGCGCAGAAAAACAGGAACGCGCCCAGGCUCAGGCUCAGGCACAACUUCAAGCCCAGCUUCAGGCCCAGGCCCAGGCUCAAGCUCAAGCUCAAGCCCAAGCUCAAGCCCAAGCACAGGCACAAGCCCAAGCACAGGCACAAGCACAAGCACAGGCACAAGCUGAAGCUGAGGCUCAGGCUUCCCCUGAGGCACGCUCUUCACCGCCUCGUUCCCCUCCUAGCCCACCUGCUCCUGUUGUUCAGACGCCGCCCAAGCCGGAGACACCUUUAUUGGAUAACCUGGUCAAGGCUGUCAACUCCCCGGACUUCAAGUUCGUCUUCUCGGCGGCUGGUCUGCCCGCGGAAGAAGUUGCUCUUAUCGAGAACCACCCCUCGUUUAUCGAUCCCUACGGUGGUGUGAAGCGCCGGGCUAUGCGUGAGAAGGCGGAGCAGGAACGUGUGAGACGCGAACAGGAGUUGUUGCAGUCCGCUGCAGCGGAAGAGGAGAGCCGUGAGAGUGGAAGCUUGCAGUUGGGCGGUGAGCCGGAUGACGCGAUGCCACCCAGAGGCCGCAGCGGCCGUGAAUCUCAUGGUGCCAUUCAGCCUCCCUCCCAGCAAGGUACGACGACAAACUCGGUUGUUGGGUCUCCUGUUUCCGCCACAAGCCACCAGUUCCAGCAACUUAAUCUGGCCGGUCGCAGCUUAACCCCCUUGCAGCAGCAGCAGUUGCUUCUCUUGAAGUCUGCCAACAACCAACAGGCAGGCCUAGUUGAUCAGUUGCAGGGUGGGCUCAACAACGCUGCCCUCGACCAGGCGGCGCAGGUCCGUCAAGGUCUACUACAGACUCAGAUGGCUCAGUUGAACGCUCUCCAGGCGCAAAAUCGGCAGAACUCCAGGUUUUCUUUUGCCAAUGAGGCCAACACCAAGAACCUCCCUAAUGUCAGGAUGUUGAGCCAACAGGCCUCCCUGAUGCAAUCUGGUACUCCCAAUCCGCUCGCAGCGCCUAGUCCUCAGCAUGCGCUGGCCGGCAACUACUUCACCAGUGGCGUGCAGGGUCCACCCCCCGGGUUGAAGACGGCCGGCACUCCGCCUAUCAGCGGAGGCGGUAUGUUCGCACAGGGUCACGGUUUUACUACGAACGCCAAUCUCGGGUUGGGUGCCAACCUCGGAAAGCAAGAAGCCAAUCCAGAGUUGAUGCGUGAGCUGCUGAGAGGUCGCAGUGGCGCAAAUGCCGGUGGUUUGCAGGGUCAAGAGGCCGCUAAGCGUGAGUUCAUGUUUCCUUUCCUCCAGCAACACCAAACCCCCCCUCCCCUGACUCCUGCGAAUGGCCUUCUCAGCUCUUUCUAUGGCACUCAAGCGGGGAAUUUCUCCGAUUCUGGGCCACAGAAGCAGAAGAAGAAGGGGAAGAAGCACAGACACGCUAACACUUCCUCCGGUGGAGGCGGUGUAGUAGAUCUUGCGGACCCGAGCAUCCUGCAGGCGAGGAUGCACCAGGUCGGUGCGAAUGCUGCUGCUGCUGGGCAAGCGCUGUACGGGAGUCAGGGUCAAGGUGGGUACAAUCAGGCCAUGAUGUAUGGCAGCGGCUUCAACCGCUGGUGA